AUGGGGUUUCUGACAGAUCAAUCGCUAACCAAGAUCUGUUUUCGGGUUAUCAUUGUGUUACUUAUCGCUCAGUUAUUUCGUCUUGUUCGUCGCUGGUCUCGUCUACGCCAUAUUCCUGGCCCAGCCAGCGCAGGGUGGACUUCAUGGUGGCAGUGUCGAGGGGCUUUUAGCGGUCGCUAUCAUGAGCAUUUAAAGAACGCAGCAGAUCAAUUCGACCCAGUUGUGCUGCGCAACAUGUCCGCUGUGCGAAGCAAUUAUACGAAAGGCGAUUUUUACAGCAGCGGCAGGAUAGUUCCUAGUGUUGAUAAUGUCGUCUCUGAGAGAGAUGAGGCUAAGCAUAAAUUUAUGAGAGUAAAGAUGGCACCUGGUUAUUCUUACAAGGAGAAUGAAGGCUUCGGCUUCGAGGCAGGCAUAGAUCGUCAACUUCUCAACUUUAUCUCUCUCAUCGACCGAAAGUACCUCUCAACUACAAGUGAAUCACGGCCUCUUGACCUUGCCGAAAAAACACAGUUCUUUGCCCUGGAUGUCAUUGGCGAUGUAUCUUUUGGUGAACCAUUCGGAUACUUGACGAAAGAUGAAGAUCUCUUCCAAUACAAUGAGAUAAAUGCCAGUUCACUGCCGGUCAUGAACGUGGUAUCCGUCUACCCCUGGCUAGGAAGGGUUGUUCAUCGGUGGCCGCUAAGUCUGUUGCUGCCGCGGGAAGAGGACCAGGUUGGUUUCGGACGACUGAUGGGGUGGGUUGGAUGUCACUUCGCGAGGCACUUUGUUCGCAAAAGACUGGCCGAGAGGAUCACGAUGAGGAAGGAUAUGAUGCAGAUGCAUAUCAGCAACGGCAUGAAUGAGGAGGAACUUAUCCAACAAGCCUUCAUCUCAAUUAUCGCUGGUUCUAACACAACCGCGCACGCGCUUCGAAUGAUCAUACUCUCCUUAAUCACAAACCCGAACGCAUACCGCUCCCUCAUCGCCGAGAUUCGAAAGGUCACCUCGUCAGUCAGCAAUCCCAUCUCCUGGGCACAGACGCAAACACUACCAUAUCUUCAAGCAGUCGUUCGCGAAGGUCUGCGCACGUGGCCACCAGUAGCUGGUCUCGGCUUCAAGCAGGUCCCUCCGGAGGGCGAUACCAUCAACGGCUUCUUCGUCCCCGGCGGAACGCAAGUUGGUCAGGGGUUCUACGCUGUUGGUCGAUCACGUCUUGUCUGGGGCGACGAUGCUGAUGUUUUUCGGCCUGAGCGAUGGCUACUCGCUGGCGAAGACGGGCUAAGGGACAUGGUAGCGGCGUUGGACACACAUUUCGGACAUGGGAAAUAUUCGUGUGUAGGAAAGCCGAUUGCUCUCAUGGAGAUUCACAAGGCUGUUUUCGAGUUGUUUAAGCGCUACGACUUUGCUAUAUUGAACGCUGAAAGACCUAUCAAGACCCAGACUUCAGUCUUUCUCUUUGCUUCAGACUUUUGGGUCACGAUCACACAGCGUGAUGACGAAGAGAAUUGA